AUGGUGCACGCAAUGAGGAUGCUGCUUGUCAUUUGGCUCCUUGUGGGGGCAUUCGUUGCGACAGCGACGGCCGAUGGGCCGGCAGCAACUUCCCCGGUGGAGCAGCUGGCGAACGUUCACUACGCCGGGAAGGAUGACCCCGUCACGGUGACGACCCACAUCGAGAAUGCGGCGGGUGACAAGCUGGACUUUAACGGUGAUCACUUCUUCGGCCGGGACCAGGAGGCGCACGACUACAACCGGCAGGCACACCUGAAGCUGGAGUACGUCCGCAACCAAGAUCCGCAGCUGCGGCGCUUCCUGGGUAAGUCUAUCGUGAAGCGCCAGGCGGAUUUCCCAUACCCGCCGGCCGUUUAUCCACCGACGCAUUACGAGCCUCCGACCACCACCACCACCACCACGACAACUACGGAACCUCCCACAACAACGACGACGACAACUACGGAACCUCCAACAACAACAACCACGACGACUCCAGCACCGACGGAACCUCCAACGCUGCCACCAACAACACCGGGAGUUCCUCACGAAGUGUACGGACUUCCUGGCUCAACCGAAGCACCCUGCCCGGGUGGUGUUGACUGUGUCUUUUCACAACUACCACCCCUACCGGAGCUGGUAUAUCCGGUACCUCCAGUACCUCCAGUUCCUUUGCCAAUGCCCCAGGAACCAGUAGUAACUCCGCCGCCAGUACUCUGUACCGAUGUGCAACCGGUAGUUCCAGUCGUAGGAGGUCCUGUUCCUUCCCAAGAGCCACUGUACAGUUUGAACGAGCUUGUGGGUGUGCUACUUGAUGUCCCUCCCGUCCCAGAGGUCCCUACUGUCCCGGAGGUCCCCGCCGUCCCAGAGGUCCCCACUGUCCCAGAAGUCCCCACCGUCCCAGAGGUCCCAAGCUAUGGCCCACCGUCUGUGGGCUGCAGCGAUUGUAACUUCAACCAACUUCCAGCACUGCCCGAGCUGGUGUACCCGGCUGCACCAACCACAACCACAGAAGUUCCACCACCACCACCAUCACCCCCACUCGUAGAAGACCUCCCAAGCGAUGCAGUCCCUUCGAACUGUCUGCCCGCCGAGCAUCGCGUGCGCCUAGAACAAGAAUCACCCGGCGGGGACAAUGGCGCCCUUGUCGAUCUGCGACUCUCCCAGCGGUCCUCCUCGGACCGACUGCAACCCCGCGUACUCUCCACCCACUCGCAGGUAAUUCUCGUCCAAUCGAUGGCACCGCUGCCGGUGCUGAAGGCCAAGCAGGGUGGCCAGCAGCCCGCCAAGCAUGGUAGCCGUGGGUCGUUCAAGUUCACGCACAGCCGCAGGGAGCAGAAUCGUCAGGUGUGGAAUCCGAACGAUGAUACGGUGGUGGUGGUGCCGGCCGAAGACUCCCAGGGCCAGCUGUCCCAGAUUGUGGUCUGCACGGUGGACUGUAACGCGGUGGAGGAAAAGGUGAAGCCGCCCGAGACGCCCGCCAUGAUGAUUCCGAGCGAUGGUCGGUUGUGGUGA